UAGAAAGUUUGUUGAAGAUUCUUAUUUGAUUGCCACAAAUUAUUGCUUUUAAAAGUAGCAUUCACAGCACUUGUGUAUUACUACACACACCAACCUUCUCUUGCAACUUAGCUUUUAGCAAUGGAGGAAAUAGUGCAUGAUUUUUUCCCAUUCAUGAGAGUUUACAAAGAUGGUCGAAUCGUAAGGCUGAUGGGCGAAGGUUUUGUGCCACCUGAAUCUGAUCCUGAAACUGGAGUACAAAUCAAAGACGUUGAAAUUGAUCCACAAAUUAACCUAUCAGCAAGACUCUACCUGCCCAAAAAUGUCGACUCUGUUCAGAAAAUUCCCCUUUUUGUCUACUUUCACGGCGGUGGUUUUGUGAUCGAAUCUGCUUCUUCACCUUCAUAUCACAAGCAUAUAAGCAAGGUAGCAGCUGAAGCAAAAGUAGUUAUUGUUUCUGUUAACUACAGGUUAGCUCCUGAGUACCUUUUACCCAUAGCUUAUGAAGAUUCCUGGCUAGCUCUCAAAUGGGUUGCUUCACAUAUUGCCAAUGGUGAUGGUGAUGAGCCAUGGCUAAAAGACCAUGCCGAUUUCAAUCGCGUCUAUUUAGGGGGAGAUAGCGCGGGUGGUAACAUCGCACACCAUAUAGCUAUUCGGGUCGGGUUGGAAAAGUUGGAUGGUAUGAAACUUGAAGGGAUUUUCCUUGCCUGUCCAUUUUUCUGGGGGAAGGAUCCUAUUGACGGUGAGGGAGAAAACUUAGGUUCCAAGGAUGUCAUUGAGAAGCUAUGGUUGUUUGUGAAUCCCAACAGCUCGGGAUUAGAUGACCCGUUGAUUAACCCGGAAAAGGAUCCGAAGUUGUGUAGCUUAGGAUGUGAUAAAGUACUUGUGUAUGUUGCCGGAAAAGAUACAUUGAGAUUCAGGGGAUUUUACUAUAAGGAGGUGUUGGAGAAGAGUGGGUGGCCGGGAACGGUGGAGAUUGUGGAGGUUAAAGAUGAGGCACAUGUGUUUUACCUGUCUGCUACAGAAGCUGAAAAUGCCAUGGCAAUGAUAAAAAAAUUGGCCUCUUUCCUUAAUCAGUCCUAGGCCUAUUCAUGGUAUUGACUACUAUUUUUAUGAAUAAAAAAUGGAUGUAAUUGUUAAAGAUUUUCUCAUGGUUCUUAAUAUAUUUCUCAAUCUUCGGAGACUGCGGCGGCCUACUGUUUUUGUUGACUAAAUGUAAGUUAGGUAGGAGAGUUCAUUUUCA